AUGCUGAAACGGAAAAACGAGGGAGGAGAGGAAAACACCGUCAAGCGCGUGGCCCGCGACAACGAGACUCCCACGCCGAGUGACUCGGAUAAAGAAGAAGGCCAUUCCGGUCCUUCUGGGGCCGGAUCCGGCAACAUAGAACAUUCUGUGGAGGAAAACAAGGGACCUCAAGAGCAGCCGCCUCCCGCGGAUAGCGGCGCCAAUUCGUCGCAGCAACGGCCUCCAGCAGACGAGCCAAUGUACGUGCACUUCCGAAUGCUGUGCUCGAUCAACGAGACGGCCGCAAUUGUUGGAAAAGGUGGAGACACCAUCAACAAGAUCAAGGAGCAGUCCAACGCCCGAGUCAAUGUGAGUGAAAACUUGAAAGGAAUCCCCGAGCGCGUGAUUACCGUGCGUGGGGCGGCCGAAUACGUGGCCAAGGCUUUCGGACUCAUCACGAGAGCCAUUAUGGACGAACCGUUCAACCAGGCUUCCACCGUCGACUCGAAACAGAUAAAUCUCAAGCUUCUGUUCCCUCACACGAUAAUUGGCUACAUCAUAGGCAAAAAGGGUGCUAGAUUUAGAGAGAUCGAGGACAACUCGGCGGCAGCGUUGAAGGCCAGCGAUCAGAUCCUCCCUGCCUCCACAGACAGAAUACUCCACAUCACGGGAGUCGCCGAUGCUAUUCACAUAGCCACGUAUUACGUGGCCCAGACGGUGCUGGACCACAAGCAGCACCUUGCGAACGCGAUUUUCUAUAACCCGGCAAACUACGGGCAGCCAAGCAGACCGGUGAACGGCGCUGCCGCGGCUCCUCCUCCACAGCAGAUCCCAUAUGGGGGAGGAUACCCACCGCAGAUGAUGCCGAUGGUGCAACCCGGAUACAUGGGCCAACCUGUGCCCCAGCAGUACGGACAGUACGUUCCUAGCGCAGUUCCGCCGCCUGCAGGGGGCGCUGGUGCUGGCCAGGAGAAGAUGAGCCAAGACAUUUACGUUCCCCAGAUGCACAUCGGGCUGGUGAUUGGCAAGGGAGGCAAAAACCUCAAGGAUAUCCGUACCAUCACAGGCUGCUACGUCAAGGUUAACGACGAGGUUCCUGGGGCCACUGAGCGGAAGCUGACUUUGAUGAGCUCCAGUCCGUUUGCCAUUCAGCAGGCCAUCAUGUUGAUCAACAACAAAAUCGAGAACGAGAAACAAAGACAGAGAAGAGACCACAGAGAAGAUUAA